AGAUUUCUGCAUCACAAAGCUCUGGCCCUGGGGCUUUACGGAAGCUCCAGACUGUACCCCCCCAGAGCUCCAACAACCAACCCUGAAAGCACUUUAUCUUGGACCGCAAGAUCCUGGGGCUCCUCAGGCCUCCUCCGAGGGAAAACCCAAACGCAAGCUACUCCGCGGCGGGGCUGUGAUGGCGGCUCCGCCUUAUCGCUCAGACUGCAGCGGGCUGGUCCGGAUCUGCCUUCUCCUGGGGGCCCUGUGGAAAAUCCGGGCCGAACAGAUAAGCUACUCGGUGCCUGAGGAGCUGGAAAAAGGCUCCUUCGUGGGCAACAUCGCCAAGGACCUGGGACUGGAGCCCCGGGAGCUGGCGGAGCGGGGAGUCCGCAUCGUCUCCAGAGGUAGGACGCAGCUGUUUGCUCUGAACCUGGGAAGGGGCAGCUUGGUGACCGCGGGCAGGUUAGACCGGGAGGAGCUCUGCGACAGAUCUCCAAAGUGUGUAGUAAGCCUGGAGAUUCUCCUAGAGGACAAAGUGAAGAUUUUUGGAGUAGAAGUGGAAAUAAUCGAUGUUAAUGAUAACGCGCCCAACUUUGGAACAGAGCAAAGGGAAAUAAAAGUCGCUGAAAGUGAAAAUCCUGGGACAAGAUUCCCUCUUCCAGAAGCUUUUGAUCCGGAUGUAGGGGUAAACUCCCUGCAGGGUUACCAGCUCAGCUCAAAUGUUCACUUCUCCCUGGACGUGCAAAGUGGAGCCGACGGGAUAAAGUACCCUGAGCUGGUUCUGGAGCGCGCUUUGGACCGCGAGGAAGAGGCGGUUCACCACUUGGUUCUUACUGCCUUCGAUGGAGGCGACGUGGUUCACUCUGGCACCACCAGGAUUCAUGUAACACUCGUCGACACCAACGACAAUGCCCCCGUAUUCACUCAGCCCGAGUACCACGUGAGUGUUCGGGAGAACCUGCCGGUGGGCUCCCGGCUCCUCACCAUAAAAGCCACUGAUCCAGAUGAAGGAGCCAAUGGAGAAGUGACAUAUUCUUUCCGGAAAGUGAGAGAUAAAAUAUCCCAACUAUUCCAGUUGAAUUCUGUGACUGGGGACAUAACAAUAUUGGGGGAUCUAGAUUAUGAGGAUUCUGGAUUCUAUGAGAUAGAUGUAGAAGCUCACGAUGGUCCUGGUCUCCGAGCGAGAAGUAAGGUACUGGUGACAGUUCUGGAUGUAAAUGACAAUGCUCCAGAAGUCAUGGUUACAUCUCUCACCAGCUCUAUCCAAGAAACUUCUUCCCCGGGCACAGUAAUUGCACUUUUCAAUGUGCAUGACGGUGAUUCAGGAGAGAAUGGUCUUGUCACAUGUUCCAUUCCGAAUAAUCUGCCAUUCACACUUGAAAAGACCUACGGAAAUUAUUAUCGGUUGUUGACACACAAAACUCUGGAUCGGGAAGAAGUCUCAGAGUAUAACAUCACAGUAACUGCCACUGACCAUGGAACUCCACCACUGUCCACAGACACUCACAUCUCACUGCAGGUAGCAGACAUCAAUGACAACCCGCCUGCCUUUCCUCAUGCAUCUUACUCUGCCUACAUUCCUGAAAACAACCCCAGAGGAGCCUCCAUUUUAUCCCUGAGUGCCCAGGACCCAGACAGCAUUGAGAAUGCCAGAGUCACCUACUCCCUGGCUGAGGACACACUCCAGGGGGAGCCUCUCUCCUCCUAUGUCUCCAUCAACUCUGACACCGGGGUCCUGUAUGCACUGCGCUCCUUCGAUUAUGAGCAGGUUAGAGACUUGCAACUACUGGUGACAGCCAGCGACAGUGGGGACCCUCCACUCAGCAGCAACGUGUCUCUGAGCCUGUUUGUUCUGGAUCAGAAUGACAAUGCACCAGAGAUCCUGUACCCUGCUCUCCCCACUGAUGAUUCCACCGGCGUGGAACUGGCACCCCGCUCUGCAGAGCCGGGCUACCUGGUGACCAAGGUAGUGGCAGUGGACAGAGACUCAGGUCAGAACGCCUGGCUGUCCUACCGUCUGCUCAAGGCCAGCGAGCCAGGGCUCUUCUCCGUGGGGCUACACACGGGCGAGGUGCGCACUGCGCGGGCCCUGCAGGACAGAGACGCGCUCAAGCAGAGCCUGGUGGUGGCGGUCCAAGACCACGGCCAGCCCCCUCUCUCCGCCACCGUCACACUCACCGUGGCUGUGGCUGACAGCAUCCCGGAGGUACUGGCCGACCUGGGAAGCUUCAAACCCUCAGCUAACCCUGACGACUCGGGCCUCACUCUCUACCUGGUGGUGGCAGUGGCUGCUGUCUCCUGUGUCUUCCUAGCCUUUGUCAUCGUGCUCCUGGCGUUUAGACUGCGGCGCUGGCACAGGUCACGCCUGUCCAAAGAAGAGCGAGAAGACAUCUGA